AUGGCUGUUAACGUUUUGAGUAUAGGUAUUUCCCUGCUCGUGAUUUACCCCAUAAGCCGCAUUAUCUACAAUGUGUUUUUCAGCCCAUUGAGCCAUGUACCCGGUCCAAUUAGUUGGUCUGCCACCCGUUUGCCGUUCAUUAGGGCGCUACUUCGGGGCACAAUUGUCCAUGACUUUGAAAGAUUACAUCGCAAGUAUGGGCCUGUUGUGCGUACCGCCCCGGACGAGGUCAGCUUUGCCAGCGGGGACGCAUGGACAGACAUCUAUGCGAGUCGGCCUGAUGAUCGCCAAUUUCUCAAGGAUCCCCUCUGGUGGCGAAGACAGCCUGGCCAGCCUGAUACUCUUUUGAGUGCGAUUCACCCGGCCAAACAUUCUCGUAUGCGUAAAUUACUCGCUCCGGCCUUCACUCCGCGUGCUUUGAGGGCGCAGGAGGCUCUCCUGCAGAGAUAUGCCUCACUUCUUGUCGACCGGAUCAGAGACCAAGUAUCAGCCGCUGGCACAGAGGGAACAGUGAUUGACAUGGGCCCCUGGUUCAAUUUCACCACUUUCGACAUUUUCGGCGACCUCGGCUUUGGCGAGUCCUUUGAUUGUCUGCAGCACUCACGGUAUCACCCCUGGAUUGCGCUGCUAUUCGGAAGUGUUAAGGCGGCCUCAUUCAUUGCAGCAGCGCGGUAUUACCCCCCGUUAGAAGCGCUACUGAUGAAAUGCAUCCCCCGCUCGCUGCACGAAAAGAGUCAGCGUCAUUAUCGACAGAUUGUGGAUAAGAUCGACCGACGGCUUAGCUGGGAACUUCAGCGGCCGGAUAUCAUGUCUCAUCUAAUCGAUGAGAAUGGCCAAGUGGAAUUACCGCGGGGGGAGCUUAACUCGACCUUUAUGAUCUUGACUACAACGGGCAGUGAAACAACUGCCACGGUGUUGACGGGUAUAUUGGCCUAUCUAGUGAAUGAACCACCGAUAAAGGAGCGCCUCAUCCAGGAGGUCCGCGAAAGGUUCGAAUCGAGUCAAGACAUCAGCCUGUCCGCAGCGGCGGAUCUGUCGUACCUCACUGCAGUGAUCCAGGAGGGUCUCCGACUGUGUCCACCCGUGCCGUGGAUGCUUCCCCGCCAGGUGCCACCGGGAGGAAGCACUGUGUGUGGGACUUGGUUACCAGGCGGAACCUCAGUUUCUCUACAGGCUUACACCCUCAAUCGCGACCCCUCUCGCUUCCAUGCAGCCUCGUCCUUCAUUCCAGACCGAUGGCUUCCGGAUGCGUUGAACAACCCUAACUCACCCUUUUACCACGAUGACCGUCAGGCGGUGCAGCCGUUCAGCAUGGGCCCACGGUCUUGCCUAGGUCAGCACCUGGCGUGGGCAGAGAUGAGGUUGAUCCUCACUAAAUUACUGGUCAGCUUUGAUUUCGAGGCGGUAGAGGGGAAACGCCUGCAAUGGGAAGAAUUGCGGACUUUCUUGUUGGUGGAGAAGCGACCCUUGGAGGUGCGAGUGCGGCUGGCCCCGUCUUUGUAG